AUGCGAUUGCUUGCCUUUGUUGCUGCUUUGGCAAUUAGUAUUUGCAGUGUAAAAGCACAAAGCCCAGGAGACAAUGGCUUCAGACAGAGGUGGUUUUUGAACGUCACAGUUGGUGGUGUAUUUGAUGAAAUUCCUCAAUGCGCGAAAGCAUGCACUCUCGGAUAUCUUGAAAUGACCGGAUGCAAUCCUCUUGACCCUUCGUGUUUCUGCCCAAUUCCAGAUAUUGCACAGGGUCUUGACACUUGCCUCGCGUGGUUCUGCCCAGUCCUUGGUUAUUACGAAGGACUUUACCUGUACCAUUCCACGUGCAACAAUCCAAUCCGAAAUCAGGCAGCCCCACUAUUCAACGAGGUGAUCGCUGUAGCUUCCAUCGCUUUUGUAGCCCUGAUACUACGAUUCAUCACACGUUUGCCCCCUCUCUCUGUCGAAUGGGGCAUUGACGAUUGGCUCGCGACAGCACUUGUACCACUAGCUGCAGCCUAUCUUGCAGUCAUCCUCUUGGCAAUUGACUCUGGCCUAGGUCAAGAUGCAUGGAUGCUCAAACCUCAUAAGGUUACUGACGUGGUCAAAUACUACACUUUGCAGGAGCUUGGCUACGUCACCCUCACAUUUAUGACUAAAAUCACCGUUCUAACUUUCUACCUCCGAGUCUUCCCAAUAGGCCGGAUCCAUCAACUAUCCUACCUCUUCAUCGGAAUAUGCACAUGUCUCUUGAUAUCCAUAUUUCUAGCCCAUCUCCUUCAGUGCCUCCCAAUCUCCUUCGUCUGGCAACAGUGGCAAGGCACCCUAAUACCCCAGCCCGAAAACCCAAUCUGCAGCGUCCAACGCAACAACCUGAACUACGCCUUCAACAUCACAAACGUCAUCAUGGACGGCAUCAUCACGGUUCUGCCAAUACCCAGAUUACUUCAACUGAAAAUCACUUGGCAGAGAAAACUAGGCGUUUUACUCGUUUUCUGCGUCGGUUUCCUCAUAACAGGCACAUCUGUAACACGAAUAGCAAUCCUUCUCGAAUCCGACUUUUCCUACAACCGAUCCUGGUCCAACGUCCCCGUCGUAAAAUGGUCCGCCAUCGAAGCCUUCCUCAGCAUCGCCGUAACGUGUUUCCCGCAGAUCCACUACCUAGCCAAGCGCAUCAUCGGUAUCUGGUACAAAUCCGACGAUACAAGUCAGCAACAACAAGGUGGGAGUAAACAGACGUUUGUGUCGUCGUCGGGUGCGGCGAAUUCGUUCAGGGGGAAAGGGGUGGCGGUGUAUGAGAAUAUUGAGAUUGGGGAGAGGUGA